UGCGCACCGUGUCUGAACAGCGCACGAGCCCCGACACGUCCAGCGUAAACCGGGACGAGCGACGACAGCACGCGGCAGCCCAAUGCCACGUUCAUUCUUGGUGAAAAGGGGAGGUGUGCGUCUCACCGGCCCCUCCGUCAGAAUGUGGCGAGGAGGCUGGGACCCGCCCACCUGUGCCACAGACCCCGGGGACGACAGCGCUAAGCUCCACCCACCAGCCCAAAAAAAAAGUGUGGACCUCACUGAGAAUCUGCCCCAGUGUGAAGAGAGACUGCAAGAUGGACUGGGGGAGAUAAGGAGUCACAGCUUCCUUAAGCACACCAGAGCACAGUGCCCCCUCUGUGAGAAAACGUUUUCUUGUAGCUCCAGUCUGAGUGUUCACAUGUGCCAGCCUCACCCAAAGAGAACGCUUUUAUCUGAAAUGAACUCCAGUCGAUCUGAAUGUGAGCAGUCUGUGUCUAGAAAAAAGGAGCGGUCGUUUCCUUGUCGUGUGUGUGGGAAGUCGUUCAAGCGCUCGUCCACACUGUCCACUCACCUGCUCAUUCACUCGGACACGCGGCCAUUUGCCUGUCAGUACUGCGGCAAAACCUUUCACCAGAAGUCCGACAUGAAGAAGCACACGUUCAUACACACCGGAGAGAAGCCACACACAUGUCAGGUCUGUGGGAGGAGCUUCAGUCAGAGCUCUAAUCUCAUCACACACUGCCGAAAACACAAGGAGGCCAGGACGUUCCAUUGCCCCCUCUGUCUCCAUGGCUUCACCCACAAACUGGACCUGCGCCGCCACCAGGACUAUUACUGCACCCAAACAUGAACACUUCUCCACCCACAGCGCCACCCUCAGCAACAGCCAGCCAUGAUGAUGUCCUCAUGACUACUCAGUGUAGUGAUGAAGGAUACCUUGAAAUAAACAGAGUAA